UCAGUGUCUGAUGAGGAAUUUCCCCCACGAAUCAUUAUCACUCAAUUCUGCAAGUGGUUCUAAUUUACUAUCGCUGUUCUCUAGCCGGUCUAAAACCGCUUUUGACCUAAAGGGACGCUUUUUGGACGCCAUGGACGUUUCUCAGUUUCCAGGCAGAAAGAACAGUAAAAAUGCAGGCAGGGCGCCGGACAAAGCACUCGGGACAAAAUGUAUGUGAAAUGGUUUGAUACAGGAAUGUUUUACUAUGUGAUUUUAGUGUAUUUAACAAGAAGUGGUUAAAAUUUUCAAAUUUCCCGCCGUUCCGCCCCGUACGUCUCGACGUCGCAGGGAAUGGAACCCGGAAGACGGAUGCCGGCAUCGGCCGGAGGACAUUGUCGGGGACACUGCAGGUGGGAC